AUGAAAGAUAAGCAACGCUGUUGGAUCAUUGCAGGGCUGAAGCAUUUGCAAAUGCCGCUUGCUCUUGCAACGCUUGUCUCCUUACUCUUCCAGGUGCAAGGCAUUGACUGGUCUGAGGAGUUGGACCACUUCGAAUCGUUUGCAGGAGACGCCGAAGUCACAAAGGCUGAGUGGAAUGUGGCCCGAUGGAAACACAAGGAGAUGGGGAAAGAAGAUGGUAAAAGGCGAGCAGCGUUUGCUGAGGACCAAAGGGUGAAGAAGGCAAGGAGCGAGGAGAAGGUGGAGAAGAAGGGUGAUGAGAAAAAACCAAAGGAUGCCAAGAAAGAGAAGAAGGCACGAGAACCAGAAGAGCCACGAAAAGAGAAGAAGGCGCAGAGGGAAGAGCCUGGCAAGAAGAAGACAGAGGCAAAGGAAGAAGGCAAGAAGAGUGUAGAGCAAGGCAAGAAGGAGAAGCAGGAAAAGAAGCCAAAAGAAGACCAGACAGAAAAGAAGUCGAAAGAAGACAAGACAGAACAGGCGAAAGGCAAGACAGAAAAGAAGCCAAAAGAAGACAAGGCAGAAAAGCAGCCGAAAGAAGACAAGACAGAAAAGGCGAAAGACAAGGCAGAAAAGAAGCCAAUAGAAGACAAGACGGAAAAGAAGCCGAAGGAAGACAAAGAAGACAAGCCAGAGAAGAAGAAGAAGAAGAAGAAGAAGAAGGAGAAGCGUGGACAAGACAAGAAGGAUAAGGAGAAGGACAUCGCAGCACGAGACAGCAAGAAGACAAAGAAGGAGAAGAAGGAACGAGGCAAGUCCAAAGACAAGAAGAGAAAGCAGCUUAAGGAAGAGGAUGACAGGCCAGACCCAAAGAAGAGGAAGGAGAGUGCCAAGCCUGUCAAAUGGAAGCCAUGCCUGAAAGACAAGAUUGAGCCCAUCUUCGAAGCAACUUCUGCCAAGUCAAGUUCCAGCUCCAUGUCUCCGAAGGAGAAGGCUGAGAAAAGGCUCGCCGAGCUGGCCGCUGUUCUGGAGGCAUCGAACGGUUCAGACAGUGACUCUUGUGAGGCUACUGACCUUGAAGCCUUCGCCGACGAGUUGGACGGCUCCGUGACUGCUGAUGAGUCCGGCGCAGAAGAAAGUGUUGAAUCUGAAUCGGAGGAGGAGGAUCAGGAGAGCGACAGCGAAGAAGAUGAAAACGAAGAAGGGGAGGAGGAUGAAGAAGAGCAAGAAGAGGACGAAGGAGCCUCGGAGGGAGAUAGUGAAGCCGAAGCAAGCUGUGAAAGUGAAAGCGGAGAAACAGAAGAAGAGGAGGAGGAGGAGAAGGGUAAGAAGCAGAAGAAAGAGGAGGAGGCUGAUGAGAAGGAUAAAAGCAGGGUGGAAGAGCCUUGCCAUGCUUUGGUUCCCAUUUCACAGCACACCACGGAGACUUCCUUGGCACUGCGCAACAGCUCGACAAACAAACGGGAGUGGGACACUUUCUGUCGCCAAGCGAGAAGCAAGGGCAAGAUGCCUGUGGAGCUGAGCGAAAUGUUCAUGACCCAGAAGACUGAGCUGUUCAACAUGUGGUUGGACUCAGGCUACGACUGGAAAGCUUGCUCCCUUCAGUUCGAGCGCCAGCGGCGUGAGGUUGCGCAAGCCAAGCGCGGCUGGCGCGCAGUGCAGGGAAAAGAGUUGAAAAAGCAGUACACGGAGGAAAAAUGGAAGAAGCUGAAGGAGAAGAGGAUUCAACAAGGGCUGGAGAUGUGGUACUUCGUUCGGCAGGGCGACGAGAUCACCCAGAAGGAGCAAUGCAUCGAGUCCCUUGGUAUGAAGGCCAAGGUCGAUGUCGAUCCUGACAUGCGGAGCGCUUUGACGUCAGAGGACGGACUGUUGAGGCCUGGCGCACUGCCAAAGGUCUCGGGUGCUUCUGCAGCUGGGAGCAAGGCUCUCUUGCAGGCGAUCACCAGUGGUGUGGCUGCACCAAAGAAGAAAAAGAAGGAGGAGGAGGAGGAGGAGGCCAAGGAGGUGGAGCCACAAACAUGGGUAGAGAAGGCAAACGCCUUGCUUCCUGACAUCUUGAAGGAAGCCUCGGAAGGUCGCAAGCUGUCCAUCAAGCUCAAUGGCAUGGAAUUUGCUGAGGAGCUCAGCAAAGAUCUGCUGUCUCACGCUGGUGAGUUGGAAGACUGCUACAAGAAAUUGGCAACCAAGGUCGGGGAAGGAAACGGGAAAGUGAUCAAGGCUUACGUGAAUACAGCCAACGAACUCAUGACAAAGGGUUCCAAAGCGCAGGUUAGGCAAGCCGUGCACAAGACGAUCGCCCGUUUGAUGGCCUGGUCGAUGGAGGUGGCUUCAAGCGGUGUGGGUCCUGACACGGGCUUUGCUGGAGAGCCACUGGCAAAAACCUCUAGGGGUCACCUCUGCGGUCAACAGCUUGGUUGUGGCUGGAGGGCUUGCUUUUUUGCUUUCAAAGCAGAUCUGAAAGCCCGCCAUGAGCUUCACAACUUCAAGCGGUACUACCGCUGCAACGAGUUUUGCGACAGAUGCCUAGCAAUGCAGGGGACCAGAUGCCCACCGGCGCUGGAUUACCGCAACGUUACCAAUAGCUCUGCCUGGCACUUGACGGCCAUCAACCACCAAGCUUACAUGGAGUUUGAUGCAAGUUCAUUGAGCCAUUGGGUGUGCAUGCCAGGGUUCAACUUUCUGGCAAUCAGCUUUGAUUGGAUGCACAACGUAUAUUUAGGGACUGGAAGGGACUUAUGUGCAAGUGGCAUCAUGGUUCUGAUAGAGAAGGGGCUUGUAGGGGAUGUGGAGGGGGUGGAAAUGGAUGAAGCGCUCAGCCGCGUCCAUCGACGAAUGCGAGAUGUUUGUCGGCAACAUGGGUUGGUGCUUCCAGCGAAGCCAAACCUGACCAAUGCCAAUCUCACCGGUGAAGAUGGCUAUUUUUCCAUGGGUACCAGAUUCAAAGCUACCCACAUCAAGCGAAUGCUUUGGUGGCUGGCCAAAGAAAGUCAGGAACUUGCUGAUCAAAACCCCACUGACGCUGUCCUCAAUGUGCUGGCCAUGUGCACGUUCGCAUUGCAAAGGUGCACGGAGCUCAUGGACCUGUCAGGAGUCAUCUUCAGUGAAGAUGAGGCGCAGGAAGCGGGCAACUCACUAAAACUUCACCUCCGAGCAUACUUUUGGCUUGCCGCGUAUCACUACCAAAGGAGGCAGCUGCUCUUCAAAACCAGGAGCAAGACUCAUUAUAAUGAGCAUAUUGCAGAUGAGGUUCUCAGGUUCAGAAUCAACCCAGCCACCUAUCAGAACUUUGAGGAGGAGGCGUUUUUGGGCCGCAUAAAGGCCAUUGGGAUUCAUUGCCACGGGCGCAGUUGCACCCGAAGGCUGUACCAAAGGUACUUGUUAACCUUGGCGGUCUUUUUAGAAGACCAUGAAAGGGUAGCACGGCAAGUAUAA